UCACAUAAACAGCCUAGUUUUGCGCAGGGCCUGAUGCGCCAUAGCAGCCAUGGUAGCAUAAUCCGGUGCCAGGUCUGGACUGCUGUGCGGCAUGGCUGACCCGGAAGAUGACCAACAGAUUCAACAGAUUGUUGCCAAGUUCAAGGCGAUACGGGACAAUGCCAUCUAUGAGGAUCCCAACAGAGUCGCCAAUUUGCGAGAAGAGAUGCAGGAAAACGCAGCAGACAUUUGGGUGAGUCUGCGUGCAAUUCAAGACCGGGUGAAAGAGAUUCGGGAGUUCCUUGGUGCUGCAACAGACGAAGAGGACUCAGAUGUGCAGGACCAGGACUUGGCGCUUGACGAUUCUGCCAACAUUUUUGGCAUGAUGGCAGCAGUCCGCCACGUUGCAGCCCAAAUGGCGAAACGAGAAGCGCAUCGAAAGUGGAGAUCGGCUUGUGUACAGAUUAUGUCUGCCACUCGGAGAGCUGAGGAGCUGCUGCAGCCAUUCCUGCUGGUGGACGUUUGCCCCGAGGAGUCUGAUGUGUUCACACAUCACACCGUCUCAUUUCACUUGCAGGCCCCAGUUGAGGGAAGUGUCACAGCAGUGACAUGGAGCGUGACAGAAGAGACACGCACACAAGGCGCCCCUGAGGCUUUCAACUUUCCUGAGGUCAUUCCAGGAGGAGAAACAGAAGCAAAAAUGCAGGCCUUGGAGCACCAUUUGCUGGAGUUGCAAAACGCACACAAGGAUAGCGACCACAGUGACAUUGCUGCGACACUGCAUAGGCUGGGCAACUUGAGUCAGCAAGCUGGAGAUCUCAAUCAGGCCAAGCAGUACUUCGAUGAGACCUUGCGAAUGAAGCGCUCUUUGCAUGGGGACGGGGAUCACCGUGAGAUUGCUCUGACGCUGCAUGAACUGGGCAGUUUGAGUCUAGAGACGGGAGAUCUCAAACAAGCGAAGCAGUACUUGGAAGAGUCCUUGCGAAUGAAUCGCUCCUUGCAUGGUAUGAUCCGUGACGUUACUGCGACCCUGCAUGCGCUGGGCAACUUGAGUCGGCGCGCUGGAGAUCUCAAACAAGCAAAGACAUACUUCGAUGAGUGCUUGAGAAUGGACCGCUCCUUACAUGGAGACAGGGAUCACCCUGAGACCGCUGUGACGCUGCAUGCGCUGGGCAACUUGAGUCGGAAGGCUGGAGAUCCCAAUCAAGCGAAGCAGUACUUCGAUGAGUCCUUGCGAAUGAAGCGCUCCUUGCAUGGAGACAGGGCUCACCGUGAGAUUGCUGCAACGCUGCAUGAGCUGGGCAACUUGAGUUCUGACUCUGGAGAUCUCAAUCAAGCGAAGCAGUGCUACAAUGAGUCCUUGCGAAUGAAUCGCUCCUUGCAUGGUGACCGGGAUCACCCUGACAUUGCUGCAACGCUGCAUGCGCUGGGCAGCUUGAGUCGGCAGGCUGGAGAUCUCAAACAAGCGAAGCAGUACAUGGAAGAGUCCUUGAGAAUGAUUCGCUCCUUGCAUGGAGACAGGGAUGACCCAGACAUUGCUGCAAUGCUGCAUGACCUGGGGAACUUCAGUCGGCGGGCUGGAGAUAUCAAACAAGCGAAGCAAUACUUGGAAAAGUCCUUGAGAAUGAAGCGCUCCUUGCAUGGAGACAGGGCUCACAGUGAAAUUGCUGCAACGCUGCAUGAACUGGGCAAAUUGUUUGUGCAGACUGGAGAUCUCAAGCGGUCCAAGCUGUACUCUGAGCAGUACCGCAUAAUGCAGUAUGCUGUGGACAGGGAUGAGGGCCUCUCAGUUAUGUCUGCACCACUACUCCAGUGUUUGUAUUCGGUGGCGUGGCGAUUCGACAUGUGGCAACUCUUGUGAUGAGUUGGAAUGCUGCAAGUCUUCAGCAGCACCUGGAAAGUUGCUAAGGCGUCCUGAGUUAGCUGAUUCCCGCAGCCAUCGGGCUUGCUGCAAGCCCUGGAAACGAACCUGUCUCUACUCGUUGCAGUGUGUUUUAUUGGGAUCUUUUGGAUCUAGUCAGAUC